CAGUGGUGCGCGCCUACCUACCGGUAUUCACGUCAUAGUCUUGUAUGACGUGACAGCCGAUUGCUGCGAUGAUGCAGGACGACGACGAUGACGACCGCGGCCGACGUCGAAAUCAUCCCCGUCACUGAAGGACCCACAUGAAGUUGCAGAUAUUAUGUGGGCGCGCGAAAUGUAGGCGUCGGGCGAGCUAGCAUGCGGAGCGCCAGCACAGUGAGCGGCCCUCUACUGUCUGUUUCAACGCCUGCCAGCCAACAAAACCGGUUCGCUGCCGUCCACCUGCUCACUGGCCAAUUAUUGUAUUUCAUUGUCGAGGGUAAAUCUCGGGUGAAAGAAGUCUUCUCACAGCUGACGACUUACAUGAUUGCUCAAGGAAUGCAGGACGUCGAAUUGUUCGCACUGGCAUUUAUUCUAGACGAAGAAUAUUUUUUCACUGACCCCGAAAGUAAACUGUCUAAGUAUUCGCCAAAAAGUUGGAAAUCCUCUUCGACAUUUGGUCUCGAUCAAAACGGCCAACCUCUACUCCAGUUGCAUUUACGCGUCAAGUUCUACGUCGACACUACUAAAUCUCUGCGAGAUGACAUCACCCGGCAACAUUAUUAUCUUCAGCUGCGCAAAAAUAUUGCGGACAGGGGCGGCACCACGGAAGACGGCGACCAGAACGUACUGCCGCUGGUGGCACUUGGCCUACAGGCAGACCUCGGCGAUCACACGGCCGACACGGACAUAUCGUCCGAGCUGCUCGAACAGUACCUCCCGUCGAAGGUAUACAAAAUUAACGAGCACAAGGUAAAACAGACGUUGUGCACUUUGCACAAGGGCCAUAAAGGAAUGUCCAAGACUUGCGCGCAGACAAUGUUCGUCCAGGAGGCCGGACCGGUGCACAAGUCUCAUCUGUACCGGUUGCGGUUGAACAAGUCGCAGCCGAAACAAACACAGGGAAGCGCGCUGUCCAUAUGCAAUAGCGUGUGGCUGGCUAUUUGUACCAACGGCGUACAGUUGUUCCACGAAAGCUUAUCGCAAGCGCUCAGUUGUUUGUUCUUGUGGAACAACAUCGUCAAGCUGUGUUUUGACCGUAAAAAAUUCGAACUAAGACCGUCGAACGCUGAUCGGCUGGUGUACUACACAAAUUCGGACGAAAAGAGCAAGAGGCUGUUGGCACUGUGUCGAGACACGCAUCAAUUUUGUAUGACAGUACACCCGAGGCUUUUGGACACGUUUUUGAACAACAACACAUCUGAUAAAAACGCGUUCGAUGGGCUGAAAUGGACCAACGAGAAGAAAUCAAAAUCAAUAAAAAUAAACGACGAUGACGCCAUCGAAAAGAAAAAAUGUGAGAAUGGCGGUUGCUCCGAUUCCAGUAUUUCGACGGCCGACCCGAAGACCUCUAUUUCCAAGGACAAGGUGCCGAACGGGAGCAUAUCGUCCAGCGUGGAACUUGGAUACAGCCACACGGCGCAGAACUCGACCGUGUCCGAGUUGGACUACUCGGUGCAGUCGGCGCAGGACAGCAGCGACGCUUACCUGAUGUACAGGCACCCGAGGGCCAGGGCGGCGUACGUGGACAACAGCAACCAAUCGGCGAACACCAGCAGCGGCGUGUACACGUGCGCCAGCUACAGCACAGCGUCUAAGGAAAUGGCGUCCGCGUCGUACACCACAGACAACUGUAGCUGCAGCGUGGACUGCAAUCACGGCGGCGGUGUCGGCGGUUACAAGACCACCUCAGCGGCCGUCAUGCAGAAGUCGUCAAUGAUGGCGCAGCAACCGGACGCGGACUCGGCGUACAGCGCGUCGCUGCCACCGGAAACGGUUGCGGCGUCCACGACGUCCGCGGACGAAGACAUGACGAGCAGCCGCGGCGGUCAGCAGGUCGCCGCGGUCGACGACUGCGACGGCGGCUGCGGCGGUGGCACCGACGAGCUGUACGACCUGUCGGCCGCGGCCACCAGCGACAGUUCGUACUGCAUCGGAGGCGCCACGACCGCGUCCGACGUAGCUCUGUCGUCGGCGUCGUCGUCCAAGUGCGGCGAAACGGGCUGCGGUAACAGAUGCGCGCUGGACGGUUACGCGGACGCGAGUGGCGCGGCGACUGGCGGCGGCGGGCGCAGCCGCAGCGGUUCGGUGGUCAGCAACUCGGGCAGUUUUCGCGGCGACGGCAGCGACCCGUCCGAGGGCGGGCGCGGCGCACUCCUAUCCGCCGUCGAGCUGUCCGACCUGAUCGUCGGCCGCAAAUCGCUGCAGACGCCGCGCAAAGGUUUCUACCCGUCCCGGCCGACCACCAGCUCGACAUUGGACUCGGACUCGGAUUACGUGACGCUACCGCCGCCGAUGAAUUUCGUUACCGGUGCCCCGUCACUGUCCAACUUGUCGCUGGCGAACUUCGACUGCGGCACCGGCACCGCGGCCGCCCACUGGGACGUCCGUCGGUCAUUUGACCUGUUGUCCAACGUGGUCAAGUUCUGCGGCGGCCAUCAUCAUCACCAUCACCAUCACCAGUGCGUGCAGGUCAACAGCAACAAUUACCUGGACGUGCACAAGAGCGGCGCCGCGUUCUACCACCACAUCUACCCGGCAGCCGCGGCUGUCGCCUCCGUAGCGCCGCCGAUGCUGCACGCCCGACAGCCACCUCCGCCCCCGCCGCCGCCGCGACCCAAGCGAUUCGACUUGCAGCUGGAGCAAUACAAACAGCAGCUCCGAUCGGACGUUGACUUUGUCGUGUACCCACUCCAAGACCCCGCGGUCAGCCGCCAAGAGUACGUGGACGCCAAGCUGGCCCGCGGCCGUCGACACCAGUACCACAGGUACUACGGCCGCGACCCGCCGUCGUACCAGGCCAACGCGCACUUGUACCGCAGCACGCCCAACGUGGCAGCCGCCGUGUCGCCGCCCCCGCCACCGCCGUCGUCGUCGUCCGCGUCUUCGUCGUCGUUGUCCCACCAGCAGUAUCACCACCACCAUCACCAUCAUCACCUACUCAGUCAGCAACAGCAACCGCCGCCGCCGUUGCCUCCAUUACCGCCGCACCUGAAAUACGCGUCCAAUCAAAACCUGUUGUUCCCGGCCACCGUGGCCGCGGCCGCCGACUACGCCGCGCAACACCAUCAUCACCGCCACCACCGGUUACAGCCGUUACCACUGCCACUGCCCGUCCGGACGUACUCGCACGACGACUUGCUGGCGGCCACCACGUCGGCGCCAGCCGUGCCCCCCAAAGUGCAGAUGUUUCGCCGACGACCGCCGCCGCCACCGCCACCCGUAACCGGACUCCAGAAACCCGCGGCCGUCGUCCACCCUCGUCGCACAGCGGCCGUGGACGCUUCCACCACCACCAACACUACCGCCGCUGCCACCGCUCCGGCGUCGUCCACGACGGUGUUGGACAUCGAGUCGUUGCGGGAAAAAAGUCGUAACUUGGACUUGCCGCUCAUAUCGGCACUGUGCAACGACCAGACGCUGCUCAAACAGACCAACGCCCUCGUCACCGAAAACAAGGCCACGCAAACGGUGGGCUCCGCGUCGUCUUCGCUCGCCGCCACCGCGGCCACCGCGUCGUCAUCGUACCAACCGCCACUGCCUCCGUACCAGCCAUCGCCACUGCCCUCGUCCUCCGAACAGACACAGCCGUCGCAAGGCAGCGUCGCCUCUGCCAACAAACCGAAUUGCACGAGGUGCACUAACGGUACGUCGUCGUAUUCGUCGCCACCGCCACCGAGUUUCAUGUCGGUCUCCGCGUCGCCGUCUGCUGUAGCCACCGCCGCCGCCGCCGCGAAGACAGCCAAAUCAAAAACCAACCAUGUCAAAACCAAUACAAACAUUAUUUAGUACUUAUCUAAUACGAAAACACACAAAAAUAUCAUUACGAAAUGUUUUUCUAUUAUAAUUUAUAUUUAUAUAUAUUAUAUACUAGCGGGAAGAAGGGUGUCAAGUAUGACGGUUUUGGGGAAAAGAAAGAAACCUUAAAUGUAUUGCCAGUCAUUACUAAUAGGGGGGGGGGAGAGGGAAGAAUUAUUGCAGAUAUUGUUCUAAAAUUCUUUCGGUUGAGUUAACCGAUUUCGAAAAAUUUUCGUUCAUAUUAGAAUUUGACAAAAAUUGCUUUUGUUUUGACCAACGCAAAUAUUUUGAUACCUAUAAAUAUCUUUGUAAUAAUUCGGGAAUGAGGGUUUCAUCCAGGAUUAUAUUAUACGCCAUAUUCCAUUGCCGUGAUUCGCCAGUCUUCAAAAUAUAAUAUAUAAUAGGUACUACAAACAGGGUCAAAUGUUUUUACCCGGUUUCUUUGAUUUUUACUUGGACACCUUCCGCGCACGUAAUUUAGUAUCGUUACCUUAUAAUAUUUAUUUAUUUGUGCCAAUUUUAUUUUUAUAUAUGUGUACUACGAAUGGUAACAUGAUUUUUUUUAACACUCGUUACACAACUCGCAUAGAUUUUGCUAAUUUUAAGCAUACAAUAUUUAUAUACAUGUAUAAUAUGAAAAACAAUGUGUAUAGGACUUCAGUAUCAAUUCGGGGUAUAAGGCACUUAAUAUUUUACAGUAGUUUCACUGGUUAUUAUGCUCCGGUCAAUAUUUAAUGUUAUAGGUAGGUACCUACUCAAAAUUAGGAUUACCAUAAAAUAUAUUAUAGCUCGGGCCGAGUUCACAGCUACGUCGUCUGUAAUGAACGAUACCACGAUUAAAACUGCCAUGGAUACGACACGACAAACGAUGUAGCUGUGAACCUGCAGGUUUACCUUUUUUUUUGUAAUUGUCUUCUGUUUCGUUGUAAUAAAUGUACUGAUUUAACAAUAUUAUUCUGAUAAGACAUUUUGUAAUAUUAUCAUGGCCGAUAGACUGUUAUUUUAGCACCGCCAUAAAUAUUAGGAACGUUCAAUUGUUAGUUUUUAAGAAUUUUGAUUAACUUUAGACUUGAUGUGCCAAAAAAUGAUUGGCCGUAUGUAAUUGUAUUAUCCAGUUUUUCUACUGAAUAGAAAACAUAAUAAAUGUACCUACAUGUCUACAGCCUCGAUUGCCUAUUAUUUUGUUAUAGGACCUAUAUUAUUACAUAUUAUUAAUAUUGUACACACACAUUUGUGCUUACUUGUGUUAAUUAGUUACCUAAAAAGUGCCUCAUCAUUUUUUACAUUUUUGUAUGUUAUUAUUAAAUACUAUCAAAAUAAUACAUUUUCUUUUUUGUACAUUAAAGUUACUUUUAAUGUUUUAGUUAUUUAAAAAUCAGUACAAAAUAUUGCACAGUAUUAUUUUGUUUUUUUUUUUUUUAUAAAAUGUUUAGAUCUAAAUGAAAAUUGUAUAUCUAUAUAUUUGAUUUGAAUAAAUAUUAUCUAUUGUAACUUGUAA